CUGCGGCUGCUGCAGCUGCUGGCCGGCGCCGCCUUCUGGAUCACCAUCGCCACCAGCAAGUACCAGGGCCCGGUGCACUUCGCGCUCUUCGUGUCUGUGCUCUUCUGGCUGCUGACCCUGGCCCUCUACUUCCUUACGCUCCUAGGCAAGCACGAGGUGGUCCCGGUGCUAGGCUCGCGCUGGCUGGUGGUCAACGUGGCUCACGAUCUGCUGGCGGCCGCACUCUACGGCGCCGCAACGGGCAUCAUGAUCGACCAGACGCAGCGCCACAGCUACUGCAACCUCAAAGAUUACCCACUGCCCUGCGCAUACCACGCCUUCCUGGCGGCCGCCGUCUGCGGCGGCCUCUGCCUGGGCCUCUACCUGCUCUCGGCGCUCUACGGCUGCUGCCGUCGCUACCAGGGCAAGCAGGAGGUGGUGUGAGGCUGCCCGCGCUCUCCGCGGCCGGGAUUGGCGCGGGGGACCCUCCUGGGUCUUUCCUGCCGUCGCCGUCGCCGCCCAGCGCGGAUGCACUCUGGCAACCUCCCUUGCCCUGCAUUUCCACCGCCGCCCGCGCCCCGGACCCCAGACAUGCAGUUCCAGUUCGACAGCAGCGCCGCAGCCCAGAGUCCGGAAAGCAGUGCCAGACGCGCCCUGGGACUCCAGGGACCAGCGCUGCGACACCAGGAGCGGAUGCAUACCCUCAAAUGGGCCGCCCCGAGGCGAAACUUAUAUGUUCCUCGUCCCCUUCCCUGCGGAGAGCAAGACGUGGACAGGCGCCGCGUAGAUCCGGGGGAGGCUCCUAAAUUGGAACCAGUCUUUGGGCUGCACCACUGCCCCCUUCCUCCCGCCCAGUGGUCGGAAGAGCACCCCCUUCCCAAGCCCUUCUUUUAGCCUUGGGUGUUGCAAAAGGCAUGCUGGCAGCGCGGGUGGAGCUGGGGACAGGCCUCAGCUGGUCCAGAGACGAGUUUGGUUUUCGUUUGGGAUUGUGCGGGAAUCUGCCCCAGCCCCUCCCUGCCCACCCCUCGGUGCUUCUAUGUCCUGGGGCCAGUCUGAAGAGGCAGGGAUGGAUAGGAAAGGCCAGUGGACUGUACCUUUACACCUCUGAAGCUUCUCUCGGCUCUGCCUUCUCCUCUUUUGUGCUCCGGAUUCAAGCAGGCCAGGCCCCACUAACCUCCUUGGCCUCGCAGUGACACAAUUCUCCUGAGGCUUCUGCUCAGCCCACUGCUCAAUGUUUGCAUUAUGGAUCCCACCAGACCAUCAGGAAGGUUAGAGUGAGGCCCACCCCUGCUUUUUACAGGUUGAGACCCAGAGCCAGCUCUUAGGAACAGCCAAUUUAAUAUUAGAAUCUGGUCUCCUCACAGGCGGCCCAGCGCUGAAGCAGUAGGUGUCCCGGGAAGCCUGGAUCAGGAGCUACCUCUUAAAGAGGGUUUUGAGGUCAAAUGGGUUUGUUAGAGGUGUCCUCUCCCCUUGUUGGAGUUUUACAAUGUUUAUUAACUUGUAGCAACGACUCUGAGAAGUCCCCUAGCACAAGGAGCCCCAGUACAGGAAUUUAGUUUACUGUAUUAACUACUUCUGGGCUUGGGCCAGCAUUGUCACCUUAAGGUUCCAGACAGUCCUGUGCUGACCCAAUUCUCAUUUAUUUCCAUGGAAGAUUUAGGAAGCCCCCUCCAGAGAAUUUUGUUGGCAGGAGGAUGUCCAGGGCAGUGAGGAAGGAGUUAGCUGCCUCUGGCCAGCCAGAAACAUGGGCACUGGUAAACUUGAACAUUCCUUUACAUUGUUGGAAAAAUGAAGCCAAGGCUCUCCAGAUGGUUUCCCAGUCAAAAGGACCAUCACCUGUAAGAUCCUGGCAUUGACUCAGCAGCUGGCAGGGUGGGCCCUGCUCACUGAAGAGAAGAAGUAUCUCUGGAGCAGGGCAAACAGCUGGACAGGUUUCCAUGUUGCUGAGGCUGGUGGAGAUUGCCAGAGCCGGUCAGGCUGACCUCUCCUAAGCCUGCUGCGAUGGUUGGCAGGGCCAUGCUGGCCCUGACUGGCAGAUGGAUUCAGAGUCUUCACUACGGAAGGGCCAGGUGGGAGAGGGAAUGGCCUCUGCCCAGCAGUUGCUUUCCCACCCUCCAGUGGAAGAGCCGGGAUGGUGAAGAUUUAUUUGUGCCUUAACCCAAGAUAAUUCCUGAUUCUCCUUGUGCCAUGAUUUGGGCACAAGAUUCCAGGCACUUGGAACUGAGCUCUGUACCCUGUACCCUAAAGAGUGGGAUUUAGUUCCACCUUCAAUUCUUUCUGCUUUGGCAUUUUUUUAAGAUCAUCAUCUAAGCUGAAUGCUAAGCUCAGGUCCAGCUCCCUCAGGAUCUCCUUCUCGGGGGCCCCCAGCCCUGGUGCCCUGCCUGUCGCCAGGUGUCCUCACUCAGGAGCAGACAUCUUGGCCUUCAUGGUGCCUUGUCCACCCAGAUGUGCCUAUAACAUUCCAGAUGUGGCAUGUGCCUUUCUACUUGGCUUCUAGUGGCUCUGUGGUCCCUGUGAGAUGUGAGAAGGAUCUACAGGACUACUGCCACAUCUACCCUCCCAUCUCCACAGCCUUAGUUAUGGCCACCUGAUUUUGCCCAGAAUUUUGGAUACUGAAGGUAGUAGCAUAGGCCUCCCUCUUUGAUUCUAAGACUCCAGAACCAGCCCAAGACCUUCCUGGCAGCUCACAGCCCAAAAGUCUGGGGGCACUUGUGGACUUGAGAGAUGAUUUCCACAGUGUUCUAAGAGAGAGAGAGUGGGUUUGGGAGGAGUGAAGGGGGUAAGAGAGGGGACCUGUGUGCCUCAUUCAGUAGUUUAGCGGUGGUUACCAAUAUGCUUUUCUUAAUAAAGUUUGUUUUGUCUGAUCUUG